AUGACUUUCAGAAAUAUGGACCCUCAACGAAACAAACAACAAUUAUCGUCAAGCAAGAGUGAUCGUAAAAAGGUUCGGGAUCGAAAGAAGAAUGUGUUCAAGAAAGCCGAGGAGCUUUCGAAACUUUGUGGUGUUGAUGUAUGCUUGAUCCUCUACCAACGUCAAAGCAAUAUAGCAGAGACUUGGCCCCAAGAUCCUGAACAAGUCAAACGCAUUGUUGCUGGGUACAAGGCAAACCCAGCAAUCAGAGAUGCUAGCCUUCCUUCAUCUGAGAUAAAGGGUUUGAAAGAAUCUAGGGCUCGAGAGUCAGAUGGUGGUCAUUGGAUAAAGGGUUUGAAAGAAUCUAGGGCUCGAAAGUCAUCUAGGGAGAUGUUGUACCCGACAUGGGAUGAUAGAUUAGAUUACUGUACUGAGAAAGAACUGAUUAGACUGGUGGCUUCCUUGGAUGCAAAGCUAGAAGCUUCAACAAAGAGGAUUGAUUCACUAUCGAGGAAAAGCAGCAAAAGUGGUGCACUUGAUCAUCAUCCCAUGGUGAAUUCGAACUUGAACUCUGUUCCUUUUCGUGAGAUUAAUGAUCUUCGAAGAUCAUCCAGAAAUUAUAUUCCAAGCAUGCAAUUGAAGAGGUCUUCUAAUAUGCAAUACCCGAUAUGA